AUGUCGAGAAUUGCCCCAAGCACAAGAUGGACAUCGUUCGACGGCUGGGACUACAACGGCAUGAAAGAGCGAUUGCUCAUCAAAGGCCAGAAAUUCAGUAUGAGCGAGCCGUUUUCGGCAGGGCAGUAUUGGAUCUGCUUUGAGAUGGUCGCUGAGGACGACAGUCUUAUCAUCGCACGUGUUCGAUUGCCUCGCCACCCUGACACUCUACCAACAGUGAACGAAACGGACGAACAAUAUUCGAUCGCGUGCGAGGUUUCUACAAUGCGUUUCGUGAGACAGAGGCUCCCGACCGUGGUUAUGCCUCGCGUCUACGCCUACGAAGGUCCCGGAUCACAGCUCGCCGCCGAUGCUGGCGCUGUCUACAUGCCAGCGUUCCACACAAAAGGCUUUUAUGGGAACACGCUGCAAGAUAUGGUGCCAGACCUUUGCAGUUUGUCGCAUAUCAUGGCUCAAUGGACAAUGAUCCAAACGUCGCUAGCAACCUUAUCAUAUCCACUGAUCGGGUCCAUCUCCGCCAUAACGAAAACAGGAGAGCCCAUCAUCGACAAGUUGUCUUCCGCUGCAGCGGAAGGAUUUAUGUCACAAGGACCUUUCUCUAACGCUAUCGAGUACUUCACUGCUCUUGGAGAAGCAGCUUUGUACCGGGCGAACUCCUCGGAUGGCAGUACAGGUAAAAACCUGUCGCACUUCCGCAAGCUCGGUGCGUUGGUUUUCGUUGACAUUGUACGGUCUACGACACUAUUUCAAGCGCCUCACGCAAAAUAUCCCCUUAAUCACAUGGACCUCGGCACCCAAAACAUUAUAGUCGACGAUGAUUUGAACUUCCUGGCCGUCAUCGAUUGGGAGUUCGCUCAAACUGCUCCUUGGCAAGUAAAUCACUACCCGAUGCCUUUUCCACUGUUAUGGCCGGAUGAGAGGAUCAAAAACAUCUUAGAUAAUCCUCAGCAUCUCGCGCACAAGAAUAUAUCACGACAGGCCCUCGCCAGGCGGUUAGACCGCAGCCAGUUCCAGGAUGCCGAAGCAAAACUUCACCAGGAAGGACUAUGCCUCGGCGGUAGAUUCGCAGAGGUAUUGGAGAGUGUGGCAUCCAGGAUUUAUGCUUGUUUUUCUAGGCUUGGAGACUCACCAGAGCAGGAUGAGGACUUCGUCAGGGAGAUGGCAAAGGAAAAAUCGAAUGAACUCCCCGAGUUGCGGAGCCUCUGUCAUGUGAACGAGCACGUGGGCAGUUGA